CAGCACCAUGUUCCAGCUGCUGAAGAAGUGUCUAGUUUUCUUGCUUUUCUACCUCUACUGUGUUCAACAAGUUGGCUGUGAUGAUGUUCACUAUGUGAAUGGAAUAGCAGGACAGAAUGUCACAGUAACAUUCAUGCUGAAGAACCCAAUUGAAAAAAACAAGCCGUUGAACAUGUACCGAGACGGACACAAGAUUCGCACUCUCAACAUAUCCAACAGAUGCAUUUCAUCAGAAAACUCCACACUGUCUACUGUCUGCAUCGACAACGUGUCCCAAAAGAGUAUCACUCUGACCUUCACACCUCUCGUACACAGUGGAAAGUAUUACCUUGCUGUGCUUAAUAAAGACAGGAUUGACGAAACCAACACAGUGAACUUGACUGUCCACGCUGCUGUGUACACAACAGCAUACACCACAGUUGCCUCACUCAAUCAGACAUCUGUCCCGGUUCAACCAAAACAAAAGCCCAGCAUACUGCUGCUUGUUUCAGUGCUGGUUGUUAUUGCGCUGAUGAUGAUUGUUCUGCUUGGCUCAUUUUACUGGAACUACAGGAGGAAAACAGACAAAACUCCAACUGUGAACUCCACAUCAGGACCACAGGUGAUACCUGAUAUUACCUGUGUUGAUUACUGUGUUCUGGACUUUCCAAACCGAGCCGGAGAGAAAGUGAGGGGCACAGAGGAGCGAGUGGAGUAUUCCCCCAUCAUGUUUCCGCCAAAAAAAACAUCAGCACAAGACAAUGAGAGUAAAUCAACGGCCCAACAAAACAAUGUAAAAACUAUAACACUGCAACAUGAGAACAGAGAAACUGACAAAGUGCCUGAGAAGCCACAAACACCAAAACCUAAACAUCAGAAAUGUCCUGAAAAAAAAAACCCACACCUAAUCACAGCUUGUCAAGUGCAAAAGGCCCAAGUGUGAUUCAUGCAAACAUAUUUUUGGCUGUUAAAUCCAUUCUAUGCAUUUACUUUUUUGUUAUUAGUUUGCAGAAAAUGUACAAAUUUUAUGCAAAGGAUAUUUCAGGACUCUGAAAUGCAGCACACUUAAUGCUCAUGCCUCAUACUGACUUUCACAACAAAAAUGGUUCUACAAGGUGCUCUGUAUUUAACUCUUCAGUUAUUACAGUUUCAUUACAUAUCAUCCUGCAAGGGAAAACAAUCACGCCCUUAUUUCUGUAGUGGUGAUGUGCUCUCAUCUACUUCCCCUCAUCCACUUCCAUUCAAAAUCUGCAAAAACAUGAUACAGCAGCUGAGAAAAUGUAUAGAGCGUAAGGGUGAACAUGUAGGGCAUACAUUGUAAAUAAUAAAUGUAAAAUUAAGUAUUUGUAGUUUAACUCUCAUUGGCUCCUAACUUUUUGAAUACCCUUUAUUAGACAUAAAACACAGAGUCUUAUUGCAGUGAUGUAUAAGCCAGAAUACUUUGCUGCACUUGAGGGAUGGAGAUGUUAUACACUUUUGAGUUGUUAAGGGAAGUAGACAAGGGCACGUUAUAAAUAGUACUGAAACACAAAGAGAUGUUUGGUGUGAAAAUGCACAGAGGAAGUUUGUGUGCAAUUGGGAGAAACGUGACUGUUUAAAUACAGCAUAUGCAACAAUCUUGCAAAAGAGACAACUCUGUGUGUGUGUGUGUGUGUGUGUGUGUGUGUGUGUGUGUGUGUGUGUGUGUGUGUGUGUGUGUGUGUGUGUGUGUGUUGCAGUGCAAUAUGCUGAUGUUACUUUGGUGACAACCACAUACACCAUGGUGUAAAAUCUCCAAAACACACACACACAAGGACAUUGCUACUGUAAUACAUUUUUCAAAUGUAGUAAAUCUACAAGGUGUCCGAAAAGUCAGCAACCAAUGGGAAUACGUUGAGCAAAUAUGUUGAUCCAAAUACGUUCAGCAAAAUCCAUAAAAACAUGAACAGCAGCUGGGAAAAAGAGUCGAGUGUAAAAGUAAACAUGUACAGAAUUUAUUGUAAAUAAAAAAUACAAAUUUAAGUAUACAUCGUUUUACUUUCAUUGGUUCCUGACUUUUCAGACACCCUGUACUAUACAUAUAAAAGAUAUCAUUUUAUGUAUAUAAUCAGUGUGAUGAAAUGCAACAGUAAUCUAAAAUCUUUAUAUCAUCAGUGUUCUUCUGUACCUGUACAUAUAAUGACAUAAAAUUAUGAUAUACGCUCAGCAGCCACUUUAAUAGGAACCUGUUCUUGAUACUAAGAUUCCUGUUCUUGGCUGGCAGGAGUAGAAUUCAAUGUAGUCUUCUGCUGUUGCUUGCUGAGAUGCUUUUCUGCUCACCACAGUUGUAAAGAGUUACUAUGAGUUGCUAUGAGUAUCCUUCCUGGCAGCUCAAACCAAUCUGGCCGUUUUCCUCUGACCUCCCUUAUCAACAAGGCGUUUGUUUCCACCCACAGAACUGUCGCUCAAAAAUGUUUUUUGUUUAGUUUUUCACACCAUUCUGUGUAAACUCUAGAGACUUUUGUGUGUGAAAACCCCAGGAGAUCAGCAGUUUCUGAAAUACUCAAACCAGUCCAUCUGGCACCAACACCCAUGCCGCAGUGAAAGUCACACUUUGAGAUCACAAUUUUUCCCAUUCUGAUGUUUGAAGUGAACAUUAACUGAAGCUCUUGAUUUGUAUCUGCAUGAUUUUAUGCACUGUGCUGCUGUCAAGGGAUCGGCUGAUUAGAUCACUGCGUAAAACAGCAGGUGUAUGGGUGUUCCUAAUCAAGGGUCCGGUGAGUGUAUGAGUGAUAUUGUUAGUAUUGUGAUACACUAGUAUAAUGACAUCGCAGUAAAUAAAUUGUUAUAUAUCUGCGACAGAUUGUGAUGAUCUGUCAGUGUAGAGGGAGAUUAAAUCUGUAAUCAUUAAAUCUUUCUCAAAAUAAACCUCAAAACAAUGAGAAAGUUUCUCUACAUUCUGACUUUGUGUUACAUGUUAAAUCUGGUUUUAUAUUCAUAUCUUUACAAGGCUGUGUAAUAU